CAUAAUCAAGCUCUGUGACUUCGGGUUUGCUCGAACGCUGGCACCUACUGGUGAGCCCUUCACUGAUUAUGUGGCCACCAGGUGGUAUCGAGCCCCUGAGCUGCUGGUGGGAGACAAAAACUACAACAAACCUGUGGAUGUUUGGGCUGUUGGCUGUUUGAUAAUAGAGAUGGCCACCAGCAAAGCUUUUCUGACAGGUUCAUCUGACCUAGACCAGGUACACAAGAUUGUCUGCAAAGUGGGUCCUUUAACCCGUCAUCAACAGGACCUGUAUUUCAAGAACCCAAUAUUUGCCAUGGCCAGGCUUCCUAACGUUCAGCUUCCCAAAGAUCACAGAAAGAAAUUCUAUCAACUCCCGAUCAUAUUAGCUGAUUUGGUGGAUGCAUGUUUUCAGAUUGAUCCGGCUGAAAGGGCCACCUGUGCCAAACUGCUCAAUCAUCGAUACUUCACUAAAGACCAGUUCAGUGAAAGAUGUAUUCCUGAGAUACAGGCAUCAGUUAUGAGAGAUGCCAAAUAUUACAACACUCAGUGGUCUCACAAUGGCGCUGUGGAGCAAGCAGAGGAACCGUCUGUUUGCUCAUCGUCCACCGGCAAGAGACGAGUCAGAGAUAUAGAAAAAGACAGACGAGGGAAAGAGGACAUGACUGAGCCAAACUACUCCAGAGCCAGCUGGAGGCAUGGGAGGGUAAUGGUGGACAGUCCGGUUAUUCACACCACAGCUUCUUCUCCUGAGAUGAUGGCUGAAAAAAUCAUCUUUACCAUGCCACGAAUCAGCCAGUGUAAUAACUUGUUAGGAGCAGUCUCAUCCACCAUGGAGAUCAACAAAACCCGGGCAAACAAGGUGAAACGAAGACCAAGUCCCUCAGAUAUUGCACUGGUGAACAGUCAGCAGGCUGAGGGGAGAGUUCAGCUGCAAUGUGAUGGACAAGGACUACAGGUGGAAAUGGCGAGCAUGACCAAGAAAAAGGUGCGGACCGUCGGUGAUGUGCGUUUCCCUGGCCUUCCCAUAGUUGGCCACCAGAUGGAGCUCAAACACACAGACGUAAAACCAGCAAAGCACUCAAGAAGAGAGCAGAGGAAAUGUGAUGACUCCAGAAUACCAACAUUAUUUCAAUUUGACACUGACUUGGGAAAUAAAUAGGUGAUUUUCAGACAGAAAAGGAGAAAUUUCAUUUAAUCUGAGGAAUUCUUCAUGAAAUUAAAUACCCUUAAAAUAUCAGUUGGAGUAUGUGCGUGUGUGUAUG